UAUUCUCUGUUCCCUGUUUCUGUUAUUGUACGGAGCCCCUCACUAAAGACCAUGCAUUAAAGAUCAUCUUGAGCAAAUUUUUAGCGGUAUAAAAAAGACUCCAAGGGUCCGGAGGACGCGAACUUCCAUUAAGGAUAUCGGUCUUUAAUAGUAUCUCGUUGGUGGCGUCACACUUUCAGUAGCGACAUUUCUAUAUAUGGUUAAGAAGAAGUGCCUUGAAUUGUAAAAUAGCAAGUUCAUCACCGAAGCAAUAUGGAGGCUGUACUUCAACAAAAAGUCAUAGAAGUUGCCAAUCAUGUUGAACAGCAGUUGGAUGCAGAAUUAGACAAAUUAGACAAUUUUGAUAUCAAUGAUUAUGAAAAAUUACGUGCACAUAGACUGAAUGAGCUCAAACGAAUGCAAAAACAGAAGCAGAAUUGGCUAGUUUCGGGUCAUGGAGAAUAUGCCGAGUUAUAUGAUGAGAAAGAAUUUUUUGAAGUAUCUAAAAAGUCAGAGAAUAUAGUUUGCUUAUUUUAUAAAGAUGAUUCUCCAAGAUGUAAAAUAGUGGAUCAACAUUUUAAGAUUCUUGCAAAGAAACAUAUUGAAGCAAGAUUUUGUAAACUAAAUGUUGAAAGAUGUCCCUUUUUGACUGAACGGUUACGUAUUAGAAUUAUACCUACAAUUGCGUUAAUUGUGAAUGGCAAAACCAAGGAUUAUAUCGUGGGCUUUACGGAAUUAGGAAACUGUGACGAUUUUUCUACAGAAACAUUGCAGUGCCGUCUUGCACAAUCUGGUGUGAUCAAUUAUGAUGAUGAAGAAUCAUCAGAAACUGGCAAGAAGCCAUUUAUAUUUAAACCUUCAAAACCCAAGACCAUCAAGGGACGCAACUCGGAUGAUUCUGAUGAUGACUGCAUCCAGAUAUAAAAGAUUUAUAUUCUAUUGCGAAACAUGAGAGAUUGCUGUACAAGUUAUGGAGAAUAUCACAGUAGUAAUGCAAUGAUAAGUCAUACAUAGUUAACUAAUUUUAUAAUGUAACUUUUAAAAUGUUCCGAAAUAUUUGUAGUUUAUCUUAUAUAAUAAAAAAAAAAUUAUCACACAAUGGAAAAAAG